GCUCUACAUCGAUUGUUUGCCAACAUGACGGAUCGAGAUAGUACUGCUUCGGAAACUUCGUCUACUCCAGCAACUAAUCCUCUGUCAAGGAAGCUGAACAAGAUUCUGGAAACUAGACUUGACAAUGAUAAGGAAAUGCUUGAAUCUCUCAAAGCCUUGUCAACAUUUUUCAUGGAGAACAGUCUUCGAACAAGAAGAAACCUCAGAAGUGAUAUAGAACGCAGGAGCCUGUCUAUAAAUGAGGAAUUUUUACAGACUUUUCAAGGAGUUAAAGAGCAACUUGACAGUGUGUAUGCAGAUGUAAAGGCCAUGAAUGACUGUUGUGAAGAUAUGACAUCACGAUUGAAGGCAGCAAAAGAACAGACCCAGGAUUUAAUAUCUCAGACUACGAAACUCCAUGCUGAAAGUCAAAAGGUACAAAUGAAGUCACAAGUGGCUGAUGUUUUUCUGGAUAAAUUUCAACUGAAAUCAGAGGAAGUUAAGGCCCUUAGAGGAAGUCGAGAUGGAUCACUAAGUCAGGAGUUUUUUACCAGCUUAAACAAAGUCAAGCAGAUUCAUAAUGACUGUAAGAUCUUGCUGAGGACCAAUCAACAAACUGCUGGGUUAGAGAUUAUGGAAGCUAUGGCCCUUCAUCAAGAGUCAUCAUAUGAGAGAUUAUACAGAUGGACCCAGAAUGAGUGUAGAACCUUGACGGGGGACUCCCCUGAUGUGUCCCCCAUGCUUUGUCAGAGUAUGGAGGCCCUUCAGGAUAGACCAGUCUUAUUUAGGUAUUCAUUAGAUGAAUAUGGAACAGCAAGACGUACGGCUGUAGUACGCGGACUUAUUGAUGCCCUCACAAGGGGAGGGCCUGGAGGAACACCAAGACCAAUUGAGUUACAUUCCCAUGAUCCUUUGCGGUAUGUUGGAGACAUGUUGGCAUGGUUACACCAGGCAGCUGCCUCGGAGAAGGAGUAUGUACACACACUGCUGAAAAAAUGUGAAGUUACUUCAGAAAUGAUUCAAGACAUUCUUGGACACAUCUCAGAGGGUGUCUGUAGGCCAUUUAAGGUGAGGGUGGAACAAGUCCUGGUGUCCGAGCAGGAUGCUGUCACACUGUACAAACUCAAUAACCUUCUCAAGUUCUACCACAACACUAUAGGACAGAUACUGUGUAAAGACGCCGCCUUGCUGACCACCAUUACUGAAAUCCAAGACCUCAGCCAUAGGAUGUUCUUCAACAGUCUGAGCUGUCAUGCAAACAAACUGUUGGAUAAAGUGGAGCUGCCCCCUGCUGACCUAUCUACCCCUGCAGCUCUGAGUCAGACGAUGCAGCUGUUGAAGGAUGUUCUGGCCUGCCAUGAUGCUUCUGUUGUAGCAAUUGAUGAUAAGAAACAGGAUUUCAAACAGAUUUUAUCCUGCAUUGUGGACCCCCUUGUUCAGAUGUGUUCUGUUUCUGCGAGCAGACUAAACACAAUUGACAUGGCCUGCUACAUGGUGAACUGUAUAUAUGUAAUGCAAACUACCCUGUCAUUGUAUGAAUUUACAGACACAAGACUGGAAAUGCUACAGGCUCAAGUUGAUGCACAAUUAGACACCCUGGUUAAUGAGCAGGCAGCCAUUGUCUUGAAUCGUGUGGGACUAGCAGAAGCCUACAGGACUGUACAGGCAUACCAACCCAAGCAGGGUCCUCUCUCUUCCCUCCAAGGCAUGGAUGCUGGAACAUUAAAAGCAGCAAUGAUGCAGUUUGACAGCUUUUUGGCCAAUCCUGAUGCAUUAGUCCUGCCACAGUGCAGUCUAAUACUUAGUGCACGGAUACGGGAAUCAAUAAAGAAAAGAUCUAUGGAAUUGAUUAAUGAAUCAUAUCGAAUAUUGUAUGACCACAUCAAAAAUCCAGCAAAUGAAUAUAAAGAACCACAGGGCAUUGUUCCCAGAACACCAGACCAAGUUAUGAAGCUUCUACAUUAUUAACAUGACUUAUGAUUAUUUAUUAUGCCAUAUAAGUAUAUUAUUUU